UUUAUUACUCAUUUUCCCACCUCUACCCUUUCAUUUUAUUUUUCUACUGGUUCUCCUCCUCCUCCUCUAUAAGUUGCAAGUUUAACAGUAUCAAGCAAAGAAGCUCUGUAUUGACCAAAAGAAAAUCUUCAUUAAUGGACGAAUGGAUCAGGCUCCAGACGUCCGCAGCUGAUAUCUGGCCGUCCAUCCUCCUCUUUUGUCUUCACUUGCACUGAUUCGGCGCUGUUGUUUUCAGUUUUUCACAUAAUGUAUUCUUGCUAUUGUAUUGACUCACCGUGGCCACCUGAAGAAUUGCUUGUUAAAUAUCAGUACAUAUCAGAUGUUCUAAUCGCCCUUGCAUAUUUCUCAAUUCCCCUCGAGCUUAUUUAUUUUGUUAAAAAAUCUGCAUUCUUCCCGUAUCGAUGGGUGCUUAUGCAAUUCGGUGCCUUUAUCAUUCUUUGCGGCGCAACACACUUUAUAAACCUUUGGACAUUCACUAUGCAUUCGAAAGUCGUCGCUAUGGUGAUGACCAUUGCCAAGGUCGCAUGUGCUGUUGUAUCGUGUGCGACUGCUUUGAUGCUUGUGCACAUUAUUCCCGACCUGUUGAGUGUUAAAACUCGAGAAUUAUUUCUGAGGAACAAAGCCGAAGAGCUUGACAGAGAAAUGGGUCUUAUUCUCACUCAAGAAGAAACUGGACGGCAUGUGAGGAUGUUAACUCAUGAAAUUAGAAGCACACUCGACAGGCACACGAUAUUGAAGACUACCCUUGUUGAGUUGGGUAGGACCUUGGGCCUGGAGGAAUGUGCCCUGUGGAUGCCAUCAAGGACUGGUAUAAAUCUGCAACUUUCACAUACUCUAAAUCACCAAAUACAAGUUGGAUCUACUGUGCCGAUAAAUGAUCCUAUUGUCAACGAAGUAUUCAAUAAUGCUCAAGCAGUGCGUAUACCCUAUACUUGCCCACUAGCCAAGAUAAGGCCUCUAGUCGGAAGAUAUGUGCCACCAGAGGUUGUUGCUGUUAGGGUACCCCUUCUUCAUCUUUCAAAUUUCCAAAUUAAUGACUGGCCUAAGCUCUCUGCGAAAAGCUAUGCAAUCAUGGUUCUUAUUCUCCCCACGGACAGUGCUAGAAAAUGGCGAGACCAUGAAUUGGAACUUGUCGAAGUUGUGGCAGACCAGGUUGCCGUUGCACUUUCGCAUGCCGCUAUUCUGGAGGAAUCCAUGCGAGCACGUGAUCAGCUUAUGGAGCAAAAUGUUGCCUUAGACUUGGCUCGUCGAGAGGCCGAGAAGGCAAUUCAUGCACGAAACGAUUUCCUAGCUGUGAUGAACCAUGAGAUGCGCACACCAAUGCAUGCAAUCAUUGCAUUGUGCUCGCUUCUUUUAGAGACUGAGCUAACUCCAGAACAAAGAGUUAUGAUAGAGACGGUGCUGAAGAGUAGCAGCCUUUUGGCAACACUAAUCAAUGAUGUCCUCGAUCUUUCGAGGCUUGAAGAUGGCAGCCUAGAAUUAGACUUUGGAAUGUUUAAUCUUCAUGGAAUCUUCAAAGAGGCCAUUAAUCUGAUCAAGCCCAUUGCAUCCAUAAAGAAGCUAUCUAUGACUAUGAUCCUGGCACCUGAUUUGCCAAUGUAUGCUGUUGGCGAUGAGAAACGGCUUAUGCAAACCAUUUUGAACAUCAUGGGGAAUGCUGUGAAGUUCACAAAGGAGGGUUAUGUUUCAGUUAUAGCGUCGGUUGCAAAACCGGAGUCGUUAAGGGACUGGCGACCUCCAGAAUUUUACCCAGUGUCAAGUCAAGGCCACUUCUACUUACGAGUGCAGGUUAAGGACUCUGGUUGUGGUGUUCUGCCACAAGACGUACCACUUCUUUUUACCAAAUUUGCACAGCCGCGUAGUGGAUCCAGUCAAAAUAGUGGUGGAAGUGCUGGACUUGGACUUGCCCUUUGUAGAAGGUUUGUGAAUCUGAUGGGAGGCCACAUAUGGAUGGAGAGUGAAGGCCUUAACAAAGGUAGCGUAGCGACAUUCCUUGUCAAACUCGGGAUCUGUAAUAACCCGAAUGAUUCAUCUAUCCAUCAUCAAGUUUCUCCCCAAGCUAGAGCUUAUCAUGGAAGUGCAGAUCUGGCCGGACAGAAACCUACCUUAAGAGACGACGACAGGGGCGGCGUUUCAUCUAACGCGCGAUACCAAAGAAGUCUGUAGAUGAUCGAGGGGCCUAAAGUUGCAACGGGCAAAUGUUGUAAUUUCCCGUCCUCUUCUUAUUGAUCGACGUUAAAGUUGAGAAAUGCUGUUUAAAUUAAUGAAAUAAUUUCCCCUGAUAAAAGCUGCUAUAAGCUAUUAAGCUAGCCGGAUAACAAGAUGAGAUUUGGAGUUUGGUCAGAAA